AUGGAUUACCCACGAAAUCAUAAAUACAGCAGGUCACAUAAUUACGAAUAUUACCACGACAACCCAUGGGCAGAUUGUGACGAUAAGAAGAGGAUUGACCAUCGCCGCUACAACAACGAAAGCGAACAACCAAGGGUAGUCAGAGAGGGUGUUAAAAGGCGGGAAACGAUGGCCAGUUGGAUUCAGCGCCAGGCAGGCUCACACGGUGUGCAGCUGGCUGGCGCAGCGGUGUUGUCUGGAGUUGCUGUAGCCGGUGCAAUUCUUGGUUACCAGAGCGUGAGGCGUCAAGCAGCUGUGGAGGAGCUGAAGGCCUCUAUCCCAGCUCUGGACGAGAGGUCGGCGGAGAAGCUUACAGAAUAUGGUGUAGCAACACCACCGCCGCCGGCAAUGAGUGAGGAAGAUAGACGGAGUGCCCUUCUUGCUCGGAGAGCCCAGCAGGGAGACUACGAUGACGAUCUUAUUCUCGAACAACUUGCUCGAAACCGUGUAUUCCUCAACGACGAAGGCCUAGAAAAGCUACGAUCUUCCUUCAUAAUAGUGGUCGGCUGUGGUGGAGUGGGCUCUCAUGCGGCCGCUGCCCUUGCUCGAUCGGGUGUUGGGAGAAUCAGACUCAUAGACUUUGAUCAAGUAACGCUUUCGUCACUGAAUCGGCAUGCGGUUGCAACACUGGCGGAUGUCGGAACGCCCAAGGUCCACUGCAUUGAGAGGAGGCUACAGCAAAUAACCCCGUGGGUACGUUUUGACUGCCGCAACCAGCUGUAUAGCGAGGCGGCUGCCGACCAAUUGCUGAAUCCCUGGUCUAUGGCGAACGACUCGGGGACUCGCAAACCGGAUUAUGUACUCGACUGCAUCGACAAUAUCUCCUCCAAGGUGUCUCUACUUCAUUAUUGCCACUCGCGCGGUAUCAAGGUGAUAUCGUCUAUGGGAGCAGGGUGUAAAUCGGAUCCUACUCGCGUCGUCGUUGGAGAUAUCUCUCUUAGUCUCGAGGAUCCCUUAUCACGGAGCACACGACGCCGUUUGAAGCUACUAGGAGUUUCAACUGGCAUACCUAUUGCUUUCUCCCUCGAGAAGCCAGGGCCUGGCAAAGCUGCACUUUUACCCUUGGCCGAUGAAGAAAUCAACAAAGGAGAUGUUUCUGAACUGGGAGUGCUGCCGGAUUUCAGAGUCCGUAUACUUCCAGUACUAGGUACGAUGCCUGCAGUUUUCGGUUACACCUUGGCGAAUCAUGUUAUCUGCGAGGUCUCUGGAUAUCCCAACGAGUACAACCCAGCAGGUAAAGGACGAGAUAAAUUCUACGACGGAAUCUUAGGAACGUUACAGGGCACAGAAGCACGACUUGCAAAGACUAUUGAGGGCCAGGAUCCAAUUGGAUUGAGAAUACCCGUCAGCAAGGAGGACGUCGGUUACCUUAUUGAGGAAGUCUGGAGAAGCAAAAGCGUGGUCAGCGGGCUCACUACUCGCCUUUCCCUGAUAAGAUGGGAACGUCCGGCCCACGGCUUCGGAGCUGACCCUGGGCUGCUCAAAGAAGGCCAAAAAGGCGUACGACUACAGCUUAACGACUUGGUAUGCAUGACCAAGGAAGAGGCAUUAAGGCAUGAGACAGAGAUCUUCAAGGGUGGGAAGAAACACUCCGAGAUCUAUGAUGAUACGAUAAUACAAAAAGUGCGAGAGCGAAUGGAGGAGGAACAGUUUUUCCAAAGAUAUAGAUGA